UAUGGAUAAAUACUUGGCAGUGAUUGGUCGAUUCUUUUUCGACGAGCGUUCGUUCUCGCACCGAAAACGCCAAAUUUCGCUUUCAAACCAAAAUGGAGGAUUUGUCGGUCGAGGUGUACGGUGAAAAUGGUGCUUAUUACAAGGCCAUUGUCACCGACGUACUCGACAACGAGGUUCUGGUAGCCUUUGAGAAUGACUGGCAGCCGGAGUCGAAGUUUCCCUUUUCCCAAGUGUUUUUACCACCCAAAGAUACUGGAAAACAGACUGAUUUCGGUGAAAACCAAGAUGUGGAGGUAUUCGCUAGAUCUAAUGAGAAAGAGGCAUGUGGUUGGUGGACUGCAAAUAUCAAGAUGAUCAGGGGUGAAUUUUAUGUAAUAGAGUAUUUAGAAUGGGACAACUGCUAUACAGAAAUUGUGCCAAAAGAUCGCCUACGAGUCAAGACCACCAAAACCCCCAUUGAUAAAAGCACCUUCCAUAAGUUUGAAAUAGCAGUACCAGAUGAUCUCAAGGACUACCUCAGCUCGCUUCACAGUGCGAAGGUGGAGAAUGCCCACAAGGAGUUCCAGAAGGCCAUCGGGGCGGCCUCGGUGUGGUACGUGCCGGAGCGCUGCGUGCUGUGCGUGCUGGCGCGCAGCGAGGCGGCCCAGCGCCGCGCCACCAUGCUGCAGGACAUGCAUUAUAGGAAUCUUUCUCAAAAGCUAUUAUUGCUGAAGAAGACUGAAGAGGCAGCGAGGCAGUUGGAGUCCACUAAAAUUCAUAGUCAGGGAGGUUUUUCAGAGGAGUUCUCGGUGCGCGAGGACCUGAUGGGGCUGGCGAUCGGCACGCACGGCGCCAACAUCCAGCAGGCGCGCAAGGUGGACGGCGUCACCAACAUCGAGCUCGAGGAGAUGUCGUGCACCUUCAAGAUCUGCGGAGAGUCAGCCAAAGCCGUGCGGCAAGCGCGCUCGAUCCUCGAAUACGCGGAAGAGUCCAUCAAAGUGCCGCGCGCGCUCGUCGGGAAGGUCAUCGGCAAGAACGGCAAGGUCAUCCAGGAGAUCGUGGACAAGUCCGGCGUCGUCCGCGUAAGUGCUGUGAAGGUGGAGGGCGACAACGAGCCGAUGCCGGUGGCGCCGCGCGAGGAGGGCGUGGUGCCCUUCGUGUUCGUGGGCACGCGCGAGAACAUCGCCAACGCGAAGGUGCUGGUCGAGUACCACGUGGCGCAUCUCAAGGAGGUGGAACAGCUGCGCGCGGAGAAGCAGGAGAUCGACCAGCAGCUGCGCACCGUGCUGACCGGCGCGCCCUCCGCGCCGCGCCCGCCGCGCGCCGCGCCGCGCCGCCGACACCCGCCCGGCGGCCGUCGGCCCGAGUCGGACGCGGAGGAGCGCGGCGGGCGCGGCGAGGCGGGCUACGUGCCCUUCCGCGCGCGGGGCAAGGGGCCGCCGGCCAACAGAUCGCGUGAUCGCGGCGGCGACGGCCCGCGCCGCGGCGGCGGUGGCGGCGGUGGGGGCGAGGACAGACGCCCCCCGUUAGAGAAUGGACGAACUCAUCCCAGCGGGCGGCGACGCGACGACCGGCGCCGGCAGACGGACGACGAGGGCUCCGCGCUCGACUCACACGACGUGUCCAGCGCGGACCGAGAGUCGGCGUCGUCGGACGAGCGCGGCGGCGGCGAGGCGCGCAGGCGGCGGCGGCGCGCAGCAGGAGGCGGCGGCUUGAAGAACGGCGGUCCCCCCCCGGCGGCGGCGGCGGAGGCGGGCGAGGGCCGCCGCGCCGCGCCCGGCAAGCGCCGCGAGCCCAAGCCCAAGAGCGACCCCCUAGUGAACGGCACCGCCUAGACCAGCCAGCGACACGAUAUUAUAACCUAACCUAACGUAACUUUAUCGUAUAUUGAUUGAUUGACGCCGCCCCCGCGCCGCCCGGCCCGGCCCGCGCUCGACGCACUGGGGCCCCAUUACUAGACUUACUCGUAUUAUGCUUUUAUAAGAGAUUCGUGAUUUGUAUUCCUGAUUAUCGAUAUAAAUGAAAAAUUAAGAUGUGUACAUCGCUCCCGGACGAUACUAGGCGCGCGCGCCCGCCGCUCGCGGCAUUUCGGUCUCUAAGGAAGUCACGCCGGUACCUACGUGCAAGUAACCUGUACUCUGUUGGCAUGUGAUUUCCUAUGAAAUAAACAUUUCUGUACAUAUUUUCAA